CUCCGUAUGUAGAUACACUCUUCGAACGAGUAGAGAGAAGGCGAGACCAGAAGUUAGAGAGAGAGAGAGAGAGAAGUUGAGUUCAGAUCGGCUUCAAUGGCGGAGCACUUGGCUUCCAUAUUCGGUACGGAGAAGGACAGGGUCAACUGUCCCUUCUACUUCAAGAUCGGCGCCUGCCGUCACGGCGACCGCUGCUCCCGCCUCCACACCAAGCCCAGCAUCAGCCCCACCCUCCUCCUCUCCAACAUGUACCAGCGCCCCGACAUGAUCACCCCCGGCGUCGACGCUAACGGCCACCCCAUCGAUCCUCGCAAGAUGCAGGAACACUUUGAGGAAUUUUAUGAAGAUUUAUUCGAAGAGUUGAACAAGUAUGGCGAGAUUGAGAGUUUGAAUGUUUGCGACAAUCUGGCUGAUCACAUGGUGGGAAAUGUUUAUGUCCAGUUUAGAGAAGAGGAGCAGGCUGCAAAUGCCCUAAAAAAUCUAUCCGGGAGGUUUUAUGCUGGGAGACCCAUCAUUGUUGAUUUCUCUCCGGUCACUGAUUUUCGUGAAGCAACAUGUAGACAGUAUGAGGAGAACUCUUGCAACCGCGGUGGCUACUGCAACUUUAUGCAUCUUAAGAUGAUUGGCAGGGAACUGAGAAGGACUUUGUUUGGGAGGUACCGUAGAAGGCACAGCCGAAGCAGGAGUAGAAGCCCAUACAGGCAUCGGAGCUAUGAAGAGCGUUCUCACAGGAGCCAUAGUAGGAGGCGCGAUGAUGACGAUGAUAUGGAUGAUUACUAUGAGAGUAGAAGUCGGAGACGCAGAACCACAAGUCCAGGCCAUCAUCGCAGAGGGCGAAGUAGGAGCCCAGAUACUGGCAGGAGAGAAAGAAGAAGUCCUGUUAGGGACGGGAGUGAAGAGAGGCGUGCUAGAAUAGAGCAGUGGAACAGGGAAAAAGAAGAUUCUAAAAGAUCCAAUGCAGAAUAUCACGAUCAUAAAAGGGAAAACGGUGAAAAUGGUUAUCCGCAACAAAGUGGAUAUGCUUACUGAUAUCCAUUGAACUGAACUGCGUGCAGGUGGUGCAGGUUUUCAAUACUGACUGUGAUAGGGAAUAUAAGUAACAUUUCAAUAUUUGACAUUGUAUCGUCCUUGGCAUGAAGUUUAAAUCGUCUAUCCUACUUUCCCUAUCCCACUUGUGUAGCACAAUAUUACCAUGACAGGACCCGCAGGCCAGACUAAGAAUCAGACUCCAAUCUGGCCCGGUCCAAGCACCCAAAACCCGAAAAAGCCUGAUCCAAACCCGGGAACUGGUUUGUUGGGUUUUUCUCCGGUCUGGUUUUAAUAACAUUGGUGUAGCACUCAUUUUGCUUGAUCAAUGUCUAUUGUUAAUUAAUGAGCAUAAUAAAAAAGUCUAACAUUUAUUAAUAUGAUUUCAACUAAUCAAAAUUAGCCACACACCUAUGGAAUAGGACAUGUGGGACAUGAUUUCUAAUCAUUGACUUGUAUUUUUUUCUUUAGUUCUAUUCGAUGUCCUCUAAGACCCUUUUGAAACCUCCAAUUUGCUCCUUAUUUUCAUUUUUGCUCUUGAGAUGAUGAGGCAAAGCACCAUUUAUUUGCUCUACAGUUGAAUACACAAUCUCAUAGUAUGGUUAACCACCCCUCUCAUAAAAAACGAGUCCCUUUAGAAAAGGCAUUUGUAGUAUUUUAAGGAUUUUGCAUGCUAACAAGUGACACAGUUUCGGCUAUCGUUAUUCCAAGAUUUCUCUAGGUUGUGCACUAGCUAACGUUUAAUGGAAGAACUGUAUGUUUUGACCUUCCUAAGCUUUUGCCCUCUACAGUUUCCUUUCGUGUGCCCUCCCUGCAAAGUGUCAUCAUCCAGGCCAGUAGGCACUUUCUACUUGUCUUAUUUUUAAACAUAGCAGCCAUAUCUGGGAACUUGUCUUACAACUCUUAUGAGUUUUGCAGGAAACAGGUUCAGGUUUCCAUGCAGAUAGUGAUCACCACAACCAUAUUUUAAUUACAGAUUUACCAUGAAAUGUGUGACAGGUCCUAGAAGAAGACUAGUGAACGUGGUGCUUCGUUUACCGGAAUUUGCUGUUAGUCAAAGAUCCCAAACUUGGAAGAGCAUGGGUGCUCGAGGAGGAUUCGCGGGUUUUUUUUUUCUUCUUUUUUCCUUUAGACUUGCUGGCGUCGUUGCGUGGGUGAUAUUUGUUAGUUCUAACCAUUCGAUGAGAAACAUCACUCUGAAAAGUGUUGAAGGAUGUAUUGUUUGCAUGUGCUGUUGCUGAUAUUACCAUGAUUUUAACUAUACUGUGAUGUGGACGGG